AUGCAGAACGGCAUGAGAAUCAUUUGCGAAUACAAGCCUUCGGAGUUUACCACGAUUGGCUUCUUCCUACCGGCUGGGGCGAUGUACGAAAUGCCAGAGGAGCGAGGCGCUGCUCUUUUCACGGAACAUUUAUUGUUUCGAAAAACGAAGUGUCGAACGCAAGAGCAACUGGAAGAUGAAUUGGAGAGCAUAGGCGGGUCGUUGGCUGCCGUUGCCAUGCGCGAUAUGUUUCUCUUUUACGGUACGGCACCCUCGAAAGCAGUCAACAAAAUCGUCGAACUACUUGCUGACGUCGUUCUCAACGGUGACACAUGUGACAAAGAUGUGACUACCGAACGAUUCGUCAUACUACGUGAACUUUUUGAGAUGGAAUCUAAUUACGAACAAGUAAUCAUUGACUAUUUGCCCAGUCUUGCUUAUCAAGAUACAGAACUGACUAAGAGCAUAUAUCCGGAAUCUUGUUUUAUAAGGAAUAUGUGCAAGGAACACAUGAUCAGAUUCCGGAAACGGUUGUUUAAACCUUGUUUCAUGACAAUGGUCUGUACAGGUGGCACGUCAUUACGUUCGAUACAACAAAUUGCGUCACAUUACUUUUUGGGGCUAGAACAAGACUCCUCAAUAAUCCAAGGUGAUUGUCAGAUGAGGAAUUCACUAAAUACGCCGUAUUAUCGAUUCUCAGGAUCGGAAUUGCGACUCCGGGACGACGACGAGGAGUUAGGUUACGUCGCCGUAGCCGUUGAAGGGCCUGGCUACGAGAAUGGUCAAGAUCAUUGCGCGCUAACGGUUGCGAAGCAAAUAGUCGGAUCUUGGGAUAUGACAACUGGCGGAGGCUACCACAACGCACCGUUCCUUGCGCAUCGUGCUUUCAAGUCGGACAUGUGCCUUCUUUAUAAAUCGUUCAACAUCGGCUGGUCGAAUACCGGUUUAUGGGGUUGCUACUUUGUUUGUGAAAAAAUGAAACUCGAGGACAUGAUGUACAUGUUGCAGAGGGAGUGGCUAAGAUUGAGUACAACGAUAACCAAUAAGGAAGUAAUACGGGCCGUAAAUCAGUGUAGGACUUACGAAUUAACUCGUGUGAACGAUCCAGUCAAUCGAUUUUUUGACAUUGCUAUGUGUCUUUUCCGAUGCGGUCGUUACGAGCCUCUCCAACAAAGAAUCCAGAAGUAUGAAAAAGUUACAGCCGACAUGAUUCGAGACGUGGCUAACAAAUACAUAUACGACCAAAGCCCUGCAGUAGUAGCUGUUGGCCGCAUUGAAAAUCUACCGGACUAUGUUACUAUUUGUUCAGGAAUGUACUCGUUUCGACUCUGA